CUUUUAAAUUUUUCGAACUCCCAAAACUAACCCCAAAAAGAAAACGAAAAAAAUGUCACUCCUCGGCGACGACGGCCGCGGCUUCGAACUGGCACGGCGGCUAGAGUUGCUCGGCAUAUGGCGGACAUGGCUCGGCGACACUCUAUACCCUAAUUUUGUUCAUUUUCUGGCUUCUCCUUCCUCAUGGGACUCCUUCAUGCGAACUGAUCUCUCCAAAUCCAAAGCUCAGAUUCAGCUCCAGCUCCGUGCUCGAGCUCUCCUGUUUGACAAAGCUAGCGCCUCUCUUUUUCACUCUUCCAAUUUUAUCCCUCCCUUCUCUUCCUCUUCACUCGCGGUUUCUAAGCUAAAUCCUAACUAUUUGCAGUUACAUGGUGAUGACGUGUACUUCUCGUUUGAAGACGGUGAUCAACGCCAAAAUGCUGUUAUUUCUAAGAGUCUUUCUAAGUCUUCUUUUAGCAUUGGGUCUAGAUACAAGGAGCCAGAAAUGGAUAGCAUAGCUCAGAGAUUUAGGAAUGAUGAGUUGCCUGAAUCAUGGUAUAAUCAGUUUAUGGAGAAGUAUAAAGUUAAUAGACCGUACAAAUUGUCAUUCGCGGAUAGAGACUCAGACAGACGUUCACCUGAGGAAAUGUCUACUUAUCUUAGACUUGUUGAUAGGCAUAAGCGGAGGCGUGUUUCAUUUGUGCCAAGUAUGCAUCCAAGUUCAGUUUUAGAUGGUUCCAGUUCUGCUGAUGAUGAUAUACCUUUUUUCCCCGAAAUGAUGUUUAUGUCUAAUUGUGUACCUGAUAGCGGACUGCCACGUAUAAUCAGAGUGCAAGAGAAUAAGAAAAUUGAGUUUCAUGGAGUUCUUGAUUCGUUACCUCAAACUAGGAGUUCUGUUGUGAUAGAGAGACUUGGUAUUAGUGUGGAACAGGGAGGACGCACGAAACAUGGUUCUGAAGGAAAUAGGAAACUUCUUGGUCAAGAGCAAGCAUUACAGAUCUCCCAAAAGGUAGUGGCACGCAUGUUAGCACGGACGGGUUUUGACAGUGCGACGGAAGUUCCAGUUGAAGUCUUAUCUCAAGCACUCAGGUGUCACAUCUCUAAACUAGGACGUAUCUUAAAAGUUCUUGCCGAUAGUUACAGGAAACAAUGUUCAGCGACUGACCUACUCAAGAUGUUUCUUCAAACAACUGGAUUUAAUAAUCUUGGAAGCUUGAUGGAGCUUGUUAAGGAUGGCACUAGGAGUGUUCAACUUACUCAGCAACAAAUGCAUGGAUUCCAGUCACAAUUGCAGACUCAGAACCAGAGCACCCUCCGGCUACCCCAGCAACUACAGAUCCCAAGACAAAUGCAUCCACAGAUGCAGCAGCAGAUGGUUCAUCCCCAAAAUUUGACUUUUCAGCAGCAGCAGCAAUUAGAGAGAAUGCAUAGGCGUCAGCAGUCCACUCCUCGGCCUGCAAUGGAUAUGGACAAGGACAGACCACUGGUACAAGUGAAACUUGAAAAUCCAUCGGAAUUGCCAAUGGAUGGCAAUGCCUACAAUGGCAUCCACUCCAGACAUCCGCAGAUGCAGCAGUUUCGGCAACAACAACUUGCUGCAAUGUCAAAUGUCCAAGCUCAAUCUAGCAAUCAGUUCAGGCAGUUGACAUCUAUGCAAAUUCCUCAAAUGCAUUCACCGAAUAUGGGCGUUGUUAGGGCUCAACCAGUGAAGGUGGAAGGUUUUCAGGAACUGAUGGGCGGAGAUGCUUCUUUAAAACACGACUCUGAGGAAAAUAAGCUAACCUCCGCAACUGGUAAAUAACUCGCUAACUUUUCUAACAUAUCAAGCAAAUUGCUUCAGCAUCUUAUUGCUGUCGAAAGAUAUGCUUAAUUUGUGUAUAUGCUAAUUUAGACUCCACAGUUCAAUAGUUUCAACUUUCAAGAACAGAAAAGGAUUGCUUUGUGCCAAUUAUAGUUAGUGUCCAUACUUCAGUUGAUCCAUGUUUUACUUCUCUUGAUAUAUUGUAAAAUUAUGCUCUGGAGACACAAUAUAAGGAAAAAUCAGAGUUAAAGUUUUAUGCGGUUAUUAAA